AGUGAUUCAUCACUGAUUAUACGGGUUGCACACAAUCACGCAAACACACACAAAGACGAGAUAGAAGAGACAAUCCGAACUUUGCUCUUUUAGUUUUGUGUUUCUUGUAGCGUUGUGGGAGGUAGUUUACAAAAUCCAAACCGAGUAGGUCAGUUUGACCCAGAGGGGCUGACAUGAUGCGUAGCGCGGUGAGUCUGACGUUUCUGCUGGUCCUGGGCUUGGCCUGGUUCCUGCAAGUGGUCCCUGAACCUCUUAUCCUCACAGAAGAGAACUUUGAUCUGAGCCGGUUCAUGGGGAGGUGGUAUGAGGUGGCAGUGGUUUCUACUUGUCCUCAUUACAUGCAGCACAAGAGGGGAUAUCCCGUAAUUGUUGCACUGGAGCUGAAGCAUGUUGCCUCUGAGGGCAACUUCACAAGGAUGGCCGCUAGUUUCAGGAAUGGUUCAUGUAAGCAGAUGACCACCAAUUAUAGUCUGACCAGCACUCCAGGACGAUUCUUCCACCAUGUUGCAAGGUUCGGAGCAGACGUUGAUUCCUUCGUGGUUCGUUCCAGGUAUGAUGAGUACGCGGUGAUGCUUCAGCUGAGCACCGAGAAACCAUCAGGAAAUAAAACCACCAAGCUCAAGCUUUAUAGUCGAACUUUGAGUGUGGGGGCUGCUGUGCUGGAUGACUUCAAAACGCUGGUCAGACAACAUGGAGUGAAUGAUGACGCUAUCAUCAUGAAUCAGAAUAAAGGUGAAUGUGUUCCAGGUGAGCAGGUGACACAGCCCGUCACUGCUCAGCCUCAGAGUUGGAAAAGAAAUACGGUGCCACCGGUGGUUCCUGCACAAGAGGAGGACACUGGUAAUGUUUGACCAGGGUGACAGACCAUGUGGAAUACCUGAAGAGGAGGAUCAUCACACAAGCCAGAUUAUAAUGUGUGAAAAAUAUUUUCCUCAAUGGAUAAAACAACACUGUUUUGUUAAUACUGACUUCCUAUGGAUACAGCACUUACUGUAUGAAUGCCAUAUGUUACUAUAGUAAUGUGUUUUCAUGUGCAUGAAAUGCUUGAUUUGUCAAAAUUAAUUUGUAAUGUAGGCGCUUUGCAAAUAAAGUGAUUCAGUGUUUAUCUGCAAUGCAUCUCAGAGUACUGAAAUCCGUACUGUAUAUCUUAUACUGCAAUGUUUUAAAAUACCGUUGAGACAUGUUUGUCUAAACCACAAAUUUUUAAAAAGAAAAUAAACUAAAAAAAGAAAAUGCAAAA